AUGCCAGGGCGGCUGGCGCCCAUGCCAGCACCGUAUGUGGCAGCCAGAGGAGGGCAGCAGCAGCAACAGCAGCUGGACCCACAGCUGCAACAGCAUGCCCACCAACAGCUGCGGUCGCCCUCGCGGCAGCUGCUUGACUACAAGGUGGCGAUUGACGAUGCAAAGGCCGUCAUGGAUCGGCUCCGACACAUGCGGCGAGGCGCGUCGCUGCACCUGCCGACCGAAACACGCUGCUUGCGCGUGUGGGAGGUGCUGUCCGGCAGUGUGCAGCAGCGGCGCGUCUGGACGUUUGGCCGCCGCGCCCCCGACGGCGCCGAUGCCAGCACGCCAGCCGUUAGCAGCGCGGAGCCGCUGUCGAUCCGCGGCGGCGUUGUAUUCGUCAGCUGCGCCGCUGGCCGCGCGCACAGCGCCGCAGCAGACGGGGCGGGGCACGUUUACACAUGGGGCGCCAAUGAAGCCGGCCAGUGCGGUGUCGCUAAGGACGCAGCCCCUGUUAUCAGCCACGCGCUGCCUGCCGAUGUGGGCGAUGAGACCAGUGUAACCGGUGAUGCCGCGUCGCGGCGGCUGACAAAGCUGGACUCGCUCGCGCUUCUUGCGAGCAGCGUGCGCCUGCCGCCCUCGCUGCUGCAAUCCCUGAAGCAGCAGCAGGCGCUGCACAGGCAGCAGCAGCAGGCGCUGGAGGCGAACGCCCAAAUCGAGGCCGUUCCUGAGGGGUGUGCCGCCGCCGAGGCGGACGGGGCGUCUGCCAGACAGCUGCAUGUCUACCGCGUAACCAUUGGCCAGGCGGUGCACAUGGUGGCCUGCGGCGCGGCUCACACCCUGGCCAGCCUGCAGUCGUCCGGCUUGAUGGCCUGGGGCGACAAUUCAAAGGGGCAGUGCGGCCUGCCGUGCAGCGCAUGUCAAACCAUCUGGCAGCCGGCGCGCGUGCACUCGUUCGACGGCGCGCGCCUGGUCCACGUCUCCGCCGGGUCAAAGCACAGUGCGGUGGUCCAGGAGGGCGGCGUGCUGUGCGCCUUUGGGUGCGGCAGGUAUGGCCGCCUUGGCCUGGGUUUUGAGCCCGACGCGCAGCCGCCCUCCGCGGUGGACGGCGCCCUCCGCGGCGCCACGGUGCUGCAGGCCGCCUGCGGCAGCGCCCACACGCUCGCGCUGACCGCCGACGGCCGCGUGUACGCGUUCGGCUACAACGGGCGCCGCGCGCUGGGCCUUGCGGACAACAGGGACCGCCUGGCGCCAGCCCAGGUGCAGGGCCUGCGGCCGUGUGUGUCUGUAGCCGCAGGAGCCGCGUCGAUGGCACUCGGAUGCUCUGGCGAGCUGUACGUCUGGGGCGACUGCGCGCUGGUCGGCGGCGGCGGCGGCCGCGGCAGCAGCGGCCGUGGCGGCAGCGGCGGCGGCGGCGGUGCAGGCGCAGCAGGGGCCAGCGAGACCGUAAAGCAUGCGCCGGUCGCGUGGCUGGCUGGCUCCCCAGUCCGCGCAAUUGCGUGCGGCGUUGAGGGCGCGGCGGCGGUGACAGAAGGCGGGGCCCUCCUGUUGUUUGGCAGCCGUGCGGCCAUGCCGCCAAGCAUGCGUGCGCAGGCGCAGAGCGAGCGUUCUCGGGCGCUUGAGCAGCAGCAACAGCAGCAGCCACAGCAGCGGCAGCAGCAGCAAGCGGUAGCAGCGCCAGCUGCGCCUCCGCCUGCAAUCAAUGGUCCCAGCGCCAUUGAGCAGCCGCGCAUCAGCGUGCAGUGCGCUGUUAGCGCAGCGGGCCGCGUGAGGGUUGCACUGCACGUGCAGCAGCCCCCGCAGUCGUCGGCGAGCGCAGCCACCGCGCCUCUGACAGCCACCAAGCCUGCCGCUGCCGGCGGCAGCAACGGCGACGGCGAUGGCAAUGACAGCGACAGCGACACGGAAGGCGCCCUUGAAAGGUUAGCAGCGCUAGAGCGGCAGCAAAAGUGGCCGCGCCACGAAUUGGGCUCAAGCCCGCCGUACGAUCCGGACGAGGAAGCUGCCGAGCAGCUGGCCUGCGGCGAGGCGCACACGUUGCUGCUCUGCGGACCCAGCAUUCACACGCCGUCCGUGGCGGAGGUGCGCGAUGCAGUGCUGGCAGUAUUGAGGGCGUACAUGCGCGCGUGCGCUGGCGCCAAGGAGGCGGGGUUGCUCCCUCUCGACGCCGGGGCCGGCGCGGUGGGCGGCGGCGGCGGCAGCGCUGGCUGCGCAGCGAGCACCUGGGGCGGCGCCAGCACUGCGGCGGGGGCCGGCUGCGUGACGCGCGGGAGCGUGCUCGGCUCCGACGCAGGCGGCGGCGCGCGGUCGAUGGGCGGCGGCCGUGCCUACGCUCCGUCCACAGUCGUGUCGAUUGGGUUGCCGCGGCGGGCUGGUGGCGCGUUCGGCGUGGCACCUGCGGAGCAGGCAGGCCCGGCCGGUGGCGGCGGCCGCGCCGCCCACGCCGGAAGCGGCAGCGGCAGCGGCGACGCGCUGCCGCCGCUGCUGGCAGCGAAGAGGGGCGCGGCGGCCGCAGGGGCUGCUGCGGGCAAGGCGGUAUCGUUCUGUGAAGCGGGGCCCACAGGGGGUGCGAUUGUCGAAGGGGGCGCCGAGCCGGCGCCACAGGAAGGGCCUGGCAGCAGCAGCGCCGGCGCAGGUCUCGCUAACCAGGUGGCACACCACCAGGGCCCAACCCAGCGGCUGAAGGCUCCUUCGGAAACUGCAACUUCCUCAGGCUCCGCGGUUGCCGCGAGCACUCCGCACUCCAACGCCGCGGCUCAGCCUGGGCCGCAGUCGCAGUUGCAAUUGCGGCCGCAGGCAAUGGAAGGUGCAGCUGCAGCCCAGCCGCCCCUCCAGCUGGAGGUGGCCCUGCACGGCGUGUUUAUGCUGUGCCGCGAAAUCGGCCUGGUCGAUGACGUCACAGAGUACGCUGACAUCAGCGACGCCUUCCGCCUGAUGCUGCACCGGAAGCUGGGCAGGCUCGGGCCCGCACACAGCCGGCAGCAGCCGCCGGGGCCGGCGCCGGCGCCGGACUUGAGGCCACGCAGCGGCGGCGCUGGAGGAGAGGGUGGAGUGGAGGAUGGUGCGCCGGGCGGCCUGGCGCCGCGCCUGCUGUUCCUCCCGGUGGAGCGGCCAGGCGUGCCUUUGACCAUCGCGGCAGCGUCGCCGCCCCUGGGGCGGCCGCCGUUGCCGGGCGCUCGCGGAUCACCGCCUCCUGGCAGCACGGCCGGCAGUGGCGGCGGAGGCGGCCCGGCGGACAGCAGAGGCCGCACCCCAAACGGCGUCGGCGGCGCCACGGUCCGAAGCAGCUGGGGCCCCACAACCUUGGACCCCGCAGAGCUGCUGGAGCUGCUGCUGCUGCUGACACGCAACCGCCACCCGCCGCUGCGGCGGGACCCCGAGGCGCUGCUGCGCCUGCUGGCGGCGCGGCACGUGGCGCGGCUGCGGGGGCGGCGCGCGGACCGCGGCCCGCCGUGGAUCCUGCGACAGGUCAUGCAGCCCGACAUCAUCACCGCCCUCGAGGACGGCUGCAGCGGCGCUGCCGCCGCCGCAGGCUCGACAGCCGGCGCAAGCGAGAUGCUGCACGGGAUCUACGUGCACCUGGCGGGCGGCGGCGGCAGCGCAGCCGACCUGUCGAUCAGCCUGGCCGACGCGCGGCUGGGGAUGAAGGACGCCGCCAUGUCAGGCGAAGCCGCAGCCUGGGCCGAGUCUGCGCCGGCUGGGGCGGCGGCGCAGGGCGCUGAGCGGGGGCCGAAGCAGCAGCAGCAGCAGCAGCAGCAGCAGCAGCAGCAGCAGCAGCAGCAGCAGCAGCAGCAGCGGCUGCAGCAGGCAGCUGCUGCACGCUUUGGGCUGCCGCUUGGCCGCCUGGCGGCAUUCCUGCGCAAGGCGGGCCUUGUGCCGCGCGUGCUGACCCUGUACAUCGCCCAGCUGCAGCGGUUGGCGGGCGCGGGGCCCGGCGACAUGGAGGGGCGCGUUGGCGGCAGCAGCGGCGCUCCAAUGAUGCCGUCCCUGCUCAUGCCGGCGCGCGGGCCGUCGGCGUUCGGGGAGGCUCUGGACGGGACGCAGCAGCUGCCUGGGCGUCGCGCCAGGACCCCUGGCGGUGUUGGGCUGGGGGUGCUUUUGGAGGAGGCCGCCCCAGCUCACCAGCGGCGCGGCCAGCAGGCCAGCAGCAGCGGGGGCGCCGGCGCCGCCGGCCUGCGCCGCACGCUGUCCAGAGUCCCCAGCCGCCGCUCUGGGGGCGGCAGCCGCCCGGCGCAGGAGGCGCCCGGCAGCAAGCCGCCUCAGCACGUGCCCGCGCCUCAGUCACCUGGGGCUUCCCCGCUCACGCGCGGCGCAAGCCGCCGCUGGGGGAGCAGCAGCGAGGACGAGGACUGGUCUGGUCAGUGGGGGACAGGCGGCGCGCCGCCGGCCUCUCCGCCCGGCGCAGGCUUGGGGCUGUCUCGGCAGUGGAGCAGCGGCAGCGCCCGCACGUUGUCUGGCAGCAGGCGCAUGGCGGGCCCCGGCUUCAGCAGGCGGGCCAGCAGGGAGCCAGAAAGCCUGCACGUAGGUGACGUCAUCGACGGGUCACUGCUGGACGACGCGGUACUGGUGCCCACCCGCGCCCGCCACGCGGGUACCGCAGCGCCAGACCGCAUCGCAGCAGCCUGCGGCAGCUACGGCGGCCAGGGCCGCGCGACGCCGCGGCGCACUGGAAGCGCCGCGUCGCGCAUGUCGUCCCUGCCGCCCCGCGGGAUCGGCGGCGGCGCCAGCCCGGGGACCCGCUCAGGGGCCGGCGGCGGGGCGACGUUCCAGGAGCAGCAGGCGCUGCUCAGGCAGCAGCAGGCCGCCGCCGCUUCUGAAUCAGUGGUGGCUGCGGAGCGCGAGCAGGAGCGGCAGGACACAUGGACUGUGUUUGUGCUAGCGGAGCUGCUGGGCAGCUUCGUGGCCACGCAGCAACAGGGCCAGCAGCCGCGCGUGACCGGCAGUGCGAAGCCUGGCGCGCGCCGCCGCGCGGGUGUCGGUGCCGGCGCCGGCGUGUGCGUCGACCUGAUGUCAUCGCGCGUCAGCUACCCCCAGUUUUUGGAGCUGCUGCUGGUGUGCGCCGCCCUGAGGUGCAGCGGGCUGCUGGACCUCACAGCCAAGGCGGCGCCGCCCCUGGAGCUGGGACCGGAGCUGCAGGAGCACCUCCGCACCGUCACAAACCUGGCCCGCCGCUGGCGAGACCGGGCGCUCUCGGGCCCUGCUGGAGGAAGCUCCGCGGCCGCCCCGCGGCUCGCCCCAGCGGCCGCCGGCGGCGGCGGCCCCGCAGCCGGGCGGCGCGCCGAGGCCGAGCUGCAGGCCGCUGUGCGGCGCUGCUACUCGCUCAGCUGCAGCUUGGACUCGCAGAGCGUCUAUGGCCGCGGCCCAAAGGCCGGCGCGACCGCGGCUGCUGCGGCGGCGGGGAGCGCGGCACGCGGGUCGCAGUGUCGCGGCGCAGCGGCGUUUGCUGUGGAUCUGCCGGGAUUCAGGCGGCUGCUGCUCGACGCGAAGAUCUGUGGGGGCGGCGCGGCCGGCGGGGGCGGCGGCGCCAGCGAGGGAGACCGCAGUGUCCCCCUGUCAGAGGCGGACGCCCUAUUUCGAGGCCUCACCUCUGGCUGCGUACCCGUCCAGCAGCCGCCGCCCCCCAAAAGGGCCCGCCGCGCCGCGCCGCCGCGGGCGGACGGCCCUGGGGCUGGCGGCCGCGGCGACGAGGCGGCCGGCUGCAGGCCCCGCGGCGGCGGGGGCGCGCAGUCGCCAUUCAUGCAAAGUGUUGCGGAGCAGCGGCUGGCCCAGCUGGGCGUCGACGCGAGGGCCAGCCUGGCGGCGGAGGACCGGUUGCGCCGCGGCUGGGGCGGGGCCGGCGGCGCGGCGCAGGCUGCUGGCGGACACAGGCAGAAGGGAGGGCCGUCAGGAGCGCGACAGGGGCCCCGGGCCAGCGGUCGUGGGCCUCAAGGGCGCGUCACUGGCGGCGUCGCCGAUCAGAGCCGCAGCAGCGAGGCGCAGAGCAGCGACGACGCCGGCUCUGGGAGCGGGACGGGCAGCGGGAGCGAGGAGGGAGGGGCGGAGGAAGGGGAGGAGGGCAGUGCGGGCCGCAGCUGCUCACCCAGCCCCUCCUCAUCGGCGAGCCCUGGGCACAGCACGCAGGACGGAGAUGGUGGCAGCCGGCCCAGCAGCAGUGUCACCGCGGCGACAGACAGCAGCGGCGGCAGCAGCUGUUCAAGCUCGAGCCUGGGCGCGGGUUCCGGCGCCGCGCCGUGCCUGGCGGCGACGCCCCCGCGGCCCUGCCUGACAGGAGAUCAGUUUGGCGAGGCGUUGCGGCGGCUGGCGUGCGCCAAGUACCCGCGAAUUGCAAACAAGGUCACUGCCUGGUGCCUGUUGGUGGAGCGCCACGUGACGCCUGCGGUGCAGCGGCGGCGCAACAGGUUUGACGAGUGCAGCGCCACGCUGCACACGCCCGGCGUGGCGGCCCUACUGCAGGCCUGGGCGCCCGACAUGCAGCGCCUGCUGCAGGCAGCGGCCGCGCUCGACGCCGACGCGGCGCCGUCUGGCCAGCCCUGCUCGACAUCUCCUCAGCGGCCGCAGCUGCACAGCCCGCCGCCCGCCGCGGCAGAGGGCCCCACAAGGGAUGACGAUGGGGGGCCUCCGCUGUGUCCUCUGAGCUUCCGCAGCCUGUUUGUGCUGCUGCAGGAUAGGGGCGCCAUCCCGCAGCUGCUGCAGCCUUGGGAUGUAGAGGAGGCGCUGCGGCGCGUCGACUUUGGGGGCCGGCCAGAGACCCACCUGGUGUCGGACCUCCAGCCAUCAGAGUUCAUCGAAGCCCUCGCCCUGCUGGGCCUCUCCGCCUUCCGCGCCCGCCGCUUCGGCGGCGCCUUUGCGCGGCCGGAGCAGCGCCUGGCCGCCUUUUUCACGCAGCUCGGCCUCCCGCCGCUCCCGGCGCACGCCGCGCUGAUGGCCGGCGCCGGCGGCGGCGGCGCCGCGCAGCUCGGGCCGGCGGGCGGCGGCGGCGGGCGGGAGGCGGGCGCCGACCCGUACGCAGAGUGGUGGGCCAUGGACUUUGGGGGGCAGGCGGACGCACGGGCGCCGGGAGGCGCGGCAGAGUGUGCAGAGCUCGAGGCUGCUGCGGGCGGCGGCGGCGGCGGCAGCUACCUGUCGUCUUCCUACUACAAGCCAGUCCUGCUGCAGGAGCCCGUGCUGCCGCCUGCGGGCUGCCCUCCUGCGGUGCGCGAGCUGGUGCGGGCCGCCUGCGACGCGCACGCGCAGCGGCGCUGCGACGACGCCCUGGCCCUGCUGCAGGCGGCGCGGGAGGCUUGGGAGGCGCGGGGCGCCACCUGCGCCACGGCCGGCGCCGCCGGCGACGACGACACAUCCUCCUGCAGCAGUUGCGGUUUGGAUUUGGGUGCAGACGCACCUUUUGACUGUAAGGUCCGCGGGUUGAGGGCUGCGCGCACGCUGACGUGGCGCGAGGAGGGGCAGUGCGACGCCGGGGCCGAGCAGGAGCGCGCAACGGGCAGCUCAGCGGCUGCGGGGCCGCUGGGGCCGCAGCUGACGCUUUUCUUCGGCCGCGCCGCCGCCGGCGUGCUGCUGACCGCCGGCCGCGACGCCGCGGCGCUGCGGGAGCUGCGCAGUGCGGCGCCGGCGCUGGCGUGGGUCCACGAGGCGGGGGCGGAGGCGGCGGCGUGGCAUGGCGCUGCGGGGGUGGUGAUGCACCACCUGGGGGACCUGCAGGGCGCGUUUGAGCACUGCGUGAGGGCUUUGGUCAUCCGGCAGGAGUGCGCCGCCCUCGGCCCCGGCCACGCCGACACCGCCGUCGCCGCUCACAACCUCGGAUGCGUGCUGGACCGUCUCGGCCAGAGCGCGCGCGGCCUGAGGCUGCUGGAGGGCGCGCGCGAUCUGCUGUCCGAGGUCCUCGGCCGCGACCACCCUCGAACGCUGGUCGCGGCGCGCAACGCGCAGCACGUGCGCCACCGCGCCGUGCGCGUCGCGGCGGCGGGCGGCGGCGGCGCUGCCGCUUGGGUGGCGGCGGGCGGGGCUGGGGGCGAUGGCAGCGGCAGCGGCAGCGACGAGGAUGGGGACGGGGGUGGGGACGGCAGCAGCAGGCCGGCAAGCGGGUCCGCAGCGCCCGGGAGCCUGCAAGGCGCCGCGGCGCAGCCCCGGCAGGCGCUCGACCCCAAAGGCCGCCUCCUGGCAGCGAUUGACUUGCGGCGCCGGCGCCGUGGUGGCGGCGACAGCUGCCUGGCGGGGGAGCCCGGGAAUGGCAGCGGCGGCGGUGGCGCGCGGAGCGCGGCGGCAGGGGCGGGGGCGCGGCCCGCGGGCGCGCGUGCGCGGCGCUUGGACUACACAGAUGUGCAGUACAUGGGAGGGGGCCUGUUCCAGGCGAGCCCGGAGCUGCGGCGCCUCUACCAGUUGUCCCGCGCAGACGUGGCCGCGCACGCCUCCGCCGCCGGCGCCGCGCGCGACGACCCCGCGGCCCUCGAAAUGCAGGCCCUGGCGCCGCGCGCCCCACCGCCCCCGGCCGCAGGCGCCGGCGGGCGGCCUCUGCAGCCUGGCGUUGGGCUGGCGGCGGCGGCGGCGGCGGGGCCGGCGCUGCUGCUACGCGGCGCGCUGCAGGACGCCACCAUUGCGGCGGUGCCAAAGCCGGAGUCCCCAGAGGCGCGGCGCGAGGCGCGGCGCACGGCGGGGCGCAAGGCCGGGCCGUUUGACGUGAUGGGGCGGCCCGUGAGCGGCAAGGCACGGCCGCCGGUGGCGCUGCUGGACAAGCUGUUCGGGCGGGGCGGCGGCGGGGGCGUGGGCGGCUAG